AGUCAGAGUCAGAUCCAGAUCCUUUUUCUAUUUUCUUUUGGGUCUCUGUAAUAUAUAUAUUUCUCUCAAUCUCUCUCUCUCUCUUCAUAGUAACUCUACCACUUUUUCACCCAAGUCCCGAUUCUCAUUCUCUCCCCCAUGGGCAUCAACACGAACCAUUGAGCUUCCCUCAUUACAAAUCCCGGAUUCUCCCAAUCAGGGUUUAUCUUCCUGAACCAAAAAGUUUCUAACUUUUUGCAGGAUUUGGCUCGAUUGUUUCGGUUUGUGCGAUGGGCAAGAUUGCAGUGGGAGCUACAGUCGUGUGCACGGCUGCCCUUUGUGCGGCGGCGGUGUUGGUAGUGCGCCACCGGAUGAAGAGCAACGGGAAGUGGGGUCGCGCUGUGGCCAUACUGAAGGAGUUUGGGGAAAAGUGUGAGACCCCAGAUUGGAAGCUGAGGCAGGUGGCUGAUGCCAUGGAUGUUGAGAUGCACGCUGGUCUCGCAUCUGAAGGUGGCAGCAAGCUUAAGAUGUUGAUCAGCUAUGUCGAUAAUCUCCCAUCUGGGGAUGAGGCAGGGCUCUUUUAUGCUCUGGACCUUGGUGGCACAAACUUUCGUGUCCUUCGUGUACAUUUAGGUGGAAAAGAGAAAGGUGUCAUCAACCAAGAGUUUGAAGAAGUUUCAAUUCCUCCUCAUUUGAUGAUUGGUUCUUCUGAAGGACUGUUUGAUUUUAUAGCAUCUGCUCUUGCAAAGUUUGUUAAUUCAGAACCUGAAGAAUUUCAUCCUCCCCCUGGUAGACAACGAGAACUGGGCUUUACAUUCUCAUUCCCUGUGAGGCAAACAUCAAUUGCAUCUGGGACUCUAAUAAAGUGGACUAAGGGUUUCAAUAUUGAAGAUGUGGUUGGGGAAGAUGUCGUGGGAGAACUAACCAAGUCGAUGCAAAAAAUUGGCUUGGAUAUGCGAGUUUCAGCUCUAGUUAAUGAUACCAUUGGAACACUAGCUGGAGGCAGAUUCUACAAUCAGGAUGUCAUUGCUGCUGUGAUCCUUGGUACAGGGACAAAUGCAGCAUAUGUGGAACGUGCAAAUGCUAUUCCAAAAUGGCAUGGCCCUCUCCCGAAAUCAGGAGACAUGGUUAUAAACAUGGAGUGGGGUAAUUUCCGAUCCUCACAUCUUCCUCUAACAGAAUAUGAUGUAGCUCUAGAUGCUGAGAGCUUAAACCCUGGAGAGCAGAUAUUUGAGAAGUUGAUUUCUGGUAUGUAUUUGGGGGACAUUGUAAGGAGAGCUUUAUUGAAGAUGGCUGAAGAAGCUGACUUUUUUGGAGAUACUGUUCCCCCCAAGUUGAGAGUUCCUUUCAUACUCAGGACCCCUGAUAUGUCAGCAAUGCAUCAUGACACAUCUCCAGAUCUCAAAGUGGUUGGAAACAAAUUGAAAGAUAUAUUAGAGAUCUCUAAUACAUCUCUCAAAAUGAGGAAGAUUGUUGUGGAGCUCUGCGACAUUGUUGCCACACGUGGGGCACGUCUUUCUGCGGCUGGUAUUUUGGGCAUCCUGAAGAAAACAGGAAGAGACACCGUUAAGGCUGGGGAGAAGCAAAAGGCAGUGAUAGCACUGGAUGGAGGAUUGUUUGAACACUACACUAAGUUCAGAGCUUGCUUGGAGAGUACAUUGAAUGAGUUGCUCGGAGAAGAGGCAGCUAAGACUAUUGUGAUUGAGCAUUCUAACGACGGCUCUGGCAUCGGGGCUGCUCUCCUUGCAGCAUCUCACUCCCAGUAUUUGGGAGUUGAUGAGAACUGAUUCAUAUUUUGCCAAGGUAAAAAAGAGUGUAAUGCUAAUUUCAAGUUUCCUGUAUAAGUAAUAGGUCAACACGUUGAAGCAGCAAUGCCAUACUUAUUGGUCUUAUGGAGAUUUACACUGAAGAGUGAUUAAUGUCCAAAUUGUGGCUGUGGGAGGGAUCUGCGUUUUCAUUGCAACCUUGGAGUUCCAGUGAUAUUGCUGGGGCAUGUUAUUAUUUUGGUUAAUUUCAGUGUUUGUCCCUCCUACAUUUUGGAAAUAAUAUGGGAGAUGUAAACUUGCUGUGAGCAAUCUCAUCUUUUGCGGAAUAUAGUCUCUUCUCAACCAGAAUAAAUCAGGACUUAAUGUA